CUUGAGUCUUCGCUCCUUCGAAUCAUUCAUCUCAUAAAAUGGAUGAAGUCUCAGAGCAGUUAAGCAAGCUCGCCUGCACAACAUGUCGAAAGCAGAAACGGAAAUGCACGCGCGAACUCCCAUCGUGCCACCUCUGCCGCAAGAAUAACCGCUCCUGCGCGUAUCCUGAUGAUAAUGGUGGCCUACAAGCGACUUCAUCACCUAGAAACGCCUUUCCGGCGCUCUUCUUCCUGGAUUCUUACACGUUCAAACAGAGAUCCACCGCCAUCAAGAAUCCAUCAAUCCUCGGCAUUCCUGAAGAGUUCUUGGAGAUUUUGGGCCGAGGAGAAGAGCAAGUCUCGCAGUCUUUGAAAGCUUUCUUCGACACAGUUCAUCCCUUGUUCCCAGUCGUCUCCGAGAGAUAUUUAGGAAAGCAAAUAUCCUCUGAAGGUUACUCAGCUGAUGUCCUGUCGCUUCUGCACUGUAUCGAGAUAUUACUGCCCCAAAGUGCUGAGGAGACGGCCAAUUGCCAGCUUGCAUACCACCGAGCAAGACGAUGCCUUCAUUUCAUGGAAGACCUAGGCGUAAUAUCCUUUCGCUCUCUCCAGGCCGUCCUUUUGUUGGCAUUCUACGAAGUCGCUCACGCCAUUUACCCAGCUGCAUAUUUGACAAUCGGACACUGCGCUCGGCUAGGUCAUGCGCUGGGGAUUCAUGAUCGACGGAACGUCUCGCAAAUGUUUCCAACACCAAUGUCGUGGACUGCAGUCGAAGAGAUCCGCCGUACCUGGUGGGGUGUCAUUGUAAUAGAUCGGUUUGCCAAUCUUGGCCUCUCGGAUCGACCAUUCUCUUGCGAAGACGCUCGCCCAGAGGACCUUCUCCCCAUGGACGAUACAUUAUGGGACCUUGGUGAGCAAGCUGUGAUACCGUCACUUGCAGUGUCCAGCGAUACAUGCUUGCCUACAACCCCGUUUUCCCGAACCUGCCAGGCUGCCCAUCUUCUCUCUAGGGUACUCUCCCAUAUCCGAACUGGCCAAAACAUGAAGAGCCCGGCAGGCUACUACUCAGAAGCACUUCAACUGCACAGCAUCCUCUCUUCCUUCAGACUAGCCUUGGCACAGGAAGUUAGUAGCGAGGAACCACACGUCCUCGCUGCCUACUCGUCUGCGCUUGGACUUUGUUUCAGCGCUUUAAUCACCCUGUGCGAUAACCAUUCAUGUGCAGACUUGGAUGAUGUUUCUGGCGUUGGCAUCCCAGAGCAGCUGAGGAUGCAACAGUUGGCUUUGCAGAGUCUACAUGAAAUCGGUGGGUGGGUCUGGGAAUUCGCUUCCCACCUUGGCCUUCUUCUUGAGGGGCCAGAGUACCAAGGCACUGUGAGCCCUUUCGCUGCCGAGAGUCUUUAUUCUGCGGCGACACAGUAUCAAUGGUACAUCCAAGAGACGGGCAAAGAGGAGCUCAGGGCAGCUGUGGACGCCAUGAAGCAAACACUGAGGCUGGUUGGGCAACGGUGGAAUGUUGGAGAUAAAUACUUGGCAAUAUUGGAAGGAGACGAGGUUUGAGGCCAUAACUGCUAUUCUGCCAUGUUAAGGGGCCUGUUGCAUCUAACAGAUUGACAUGAUCAUGCGUGCGAGAAGCUCUUCAUAUUCUUCCUAUCUGAAUGAGGGUCUUUGGAUCAGGUCAGUCUUAUAGACCAAGAGUGACCUCGGCUGACCUCGGACAGCCGAAACGCGCCGGAUGCUUCGGGGUCUUUGGAUUUAUGUAGCUAUUAACCUGAAUGAAGAAAAAGCUUCACUUCCC